AUGCGAAUAAGGAGUGAAACGUUAUCGCAAGUCCGAGAACAACUCGCGUUACUUCCGGAUGGCGAAGAACUAUCUCCGAAAUGCGAUAUUGAUUCAGCCGACGUUAAUAAACCGGGGGCGAGUACUCCGGAAGACGAGCGAAAAUUGGGAACGAUCCCGAAGUACCAUCGAGCCUUCUUUUUGGGAGAGGGGAAUGCGGUUCCAACCCCAGCGCGAGGCGAACCCCGUCGCUCACCUCCCCGAUCGGUUGCGCCACAUUUAUCAGCCAAAGUGUAUGAAUUGCUGGAGAAGCCUUUGGAAGCCCGACUCAUCGAGCAUUCGGAUUCAGCAUGGCCCUCACACAUUGUGACUGUCCUCAAGACAUAUCCGAAUUUUAUGAGUUUAGUUAUGGCGAGUGGCUUUUGGGCAGUUAAGAUGUCUGAAAGAGUAAAGCUGAUAUCGGCGUUUGGCUGUCCAUUUGGACACUUCCAAUGGACUCGCAUGCCGUUCGGACUCCAGCAUUCGCCGCUGAUAUACCAGUCGGUAAUCAAUAAUUUCCUGCAGGGAUUUGUGAGAUUGCCUCCGGAAGAAGAAGGAGAAGUCGAGCAAGAUGUUGUGGACUUUCUAGGAUUGGACCCUAUAGAUAACCAAUAA